CUAAUAAAUGCGACAACGGCGACGUAGCAGAUGCGAGGGCAUUUCAUGUUCCUGAGAGACAUUUCGACGUCAAGUCAUCAUGUCCUUCCACAACUUAAAUACGAACCCUUCUAGGGAGGAUCGCGACAAUGCCUCGUUCCUCUCUCCUGUCGCAUACGACGACGAUGCUUCUUCUCUUCACUCCCGCAGCGAUCAAGAUACCGAUACCGACGAUGACGAACUUAUCUCGCGCGCGAGAAAUAGUAGAGAAUUGCGUGCUCACGAUCGCAUUGUCUUGAUGGAAGAGGAAGAUAUUGAUCGACUUGUUACCGAUUCGCGACAGAAGAAAGAACGGGAGCGCCGUGGCUCAGGACUCGCAGUACCUAAUAUAGGCAAAAUGUUUGGUCGUCGAGGAAGCAGUUCAGGAACUCGUUCGAUCAACAGUUCCGCAGAAAAUCUUGUGAUUGAGAAGCGAAAGACUCGACGCCAACGGAGACAGAAGAAGCGAGAGAAACUUGUGGAGCAUGCUCAACAUGGAGAGGACGGAGAGUUGAUGUAUGAGAUGGAAGAAGGAGGUAUGAAGGAAGGGAGCUCAACUGGCGAGAGUAGCGAGAGGGAUGACAGUGACGAAUUGGAUCGACAUCAUCUAAAUAUGAUUGCCGAAGCAAAGGCCCAGCGACGUCGCAGCUGGCGCCGGUGGGUCUUCAUUCACUCCCUGAUCGCCAUAGGCUUCGCGAUCUUGAUUCUCUUAGCCUGGAAGCUAUCCAAGAAUCGUAGGAACAGAUUCACCAAGGCGAACCAACCCCUGGUCAGCAAUGGAACCGCCCUCUUUGCGCCCACGUCCCUCAUCAUCAGCCUGGAUGGUUUCCGCGCCGACUUCCUCCAACGUGGAUUGACACCUACCUUGAACUCGUUCGUUGCCGAGGGAGUGUCGCCGAAAUGGAUGCAUCCUUCUUUUCCAUCAGUCACCUUUCCGAACCAUUACACUCUUGCAACAGGCUUAUAUCCUGAAAGCCAUGGCAUCGUCAGCAAUACCUUCUGGGAUCCUGAUAUGCAAUCGCAAUUCUACUACACCCAUCCUGGCCAGAGUCUUGACCCAAAGUGGUGGGGAGGAGAGCCUUUCUGGGUUACAGCAGAGAAGCAAGGGGUUCGGAGUGCUGUCCAUAUGUGGCCAGGAAGCGAGGCACAUGUCCUUCACACUGAACCAAGCUUGAUGGAUAAGUUCAAUGGCAAAGAAACACUUGAGAAUAAGGUCGCCAGAAUCAUGGAGUUUCUUGAUAUGCCCGGCUUUGAGGACAAGACAGUGGACACCGGCAACAUGCGACCACAAUUGAUUGCCGCUUACGUUCCUCAUGUCGACAGUGAUGGUCACAAAUUCGGUCCCAACUCCACUGAGAUCCGCCAAACUAUCAAGAAUGUGGACGGCAUGCUGGGACAGGUCUUCCACGGACUCGAGCAACGCAACUUGACCGACAUUGUCAACGUGAUUGUCGUCUCCGAUCACGGUAUGGCAACCACAGAUAUCUCAAGACUAAUCCAGCUCGAAGACCUUAUCGAUACAGACAAGAUUGAGCAUAUCGAUGGCUGGCCACUCUACGGUCUUCGUCCCAAAAACCCAGACGACUUGAAAGGACUCUACUAUGAGCUUAAGGAGAAGUCAAAGUCUAACCCAAACUUUGAAGUCUAUCUUCGUGACGUCGACAUGCCCGAGCGAUAUCACUUCUCCAAGCAUCACCGCAUUGCCCCGCUGUGGGUUGUUCCCGAAACAGGAUGGGCCAUUGUCACUAAAGACGAGUUUGAUGUAGAAGAAGGAAAGAAGAAGAAUCUCGUAUAUCAUCCGCGAGGUCUUCAUGGUUAUGACCAUGAGCAUCCGCUUAUGAGGGCCAUUUUCAUUGCCCGUGGCCCUGCGUUCCCCCACCCAGCGAACAGCCAGAUCGAAGUGUUCCAAAAUAUUGAGGUGUACAACAUGUUGUGCGACUCUGUUGGUUUGACGCCCAGCUCCAACAACGGAACUUUACGGCUUCCCCUGAAGCCUAUCGGCGUGCACAAGCCCGAAGAUACACCCGAGGAACCUGCCGAUCCUCCGUCCGCCCCCAAGAAGCCGGCUCGCCCAACUUUGUCGGAGAAGCCAAGUCAUCCCGAGAGGCCGACUGUGCCUCAAAAGCCUACCCAGCCUGAACGACCUACGGUCCCAGUUGCCCCUACGCAGUCCGCCAAGGCGACAGUCUCACUCAAGAAACCCGCGAAACCAUCAAAGUCGGCUGUCCCCUCUAAGGACAGCGGAGGUAAGGAUGGGGAUAGCGACAGCGAUAGUGACAGUGGCGACGAGGACGAUGAUAAAGACGAAGGAAUUUGGGAUUGGUUCACUCACAAAGUGGAGAAAGUAUGGCAUAAAAUUACUGGAGAUGAUUGAAUUGUGAAUACAUAGGGUGGAAAUGUCGUGCGUAUUUCUUUGUAUUUUGCGGCGUUCAAAGGGACCAUGAUGGAACACAAGGGCGUUUGACAAUGCGGCGGGCAUGAUGAGGCUUGUGAUUCGUCCAAGCAAAGUUGGUAUAAAUCUGAUAUCCU